UCUUCCUUUCAAAGAAGCAACUUCUCUUCGUCGUACAGGCACGCCACCUUACAUGGCUCAUGAUCUUCUGGGUUCUGGGUCGGUCUGACGUUGGUCAUCUGUAUCGACAUGAUGUCGAAGCCUUCUACUGUGUUCUAUUGAUACUCUGCUGCCAUUACGAGAACUGUUCAAUCCGCAGAAGAAGUGUUCAUGAGGGAAUUGAAAUUGAAAAAGGAGAUGCCUUUUGCUACGUGGUUCAUCAUGGCGGUCACUUGCUGCGGCGGAAAAAGUUAGUUUCCUGGUUUGUGCCCAAGGCAAUCCCUACAUCGACAUCAUUUUCUGCUUUUCGUCCGUGGUUGGUUAACAACAUUCGCUACGCAUUUAAAGCAGGGUUACAUGCACGUAGCCUAGCCUAUCUGAGGCUCAAUUUCCCUCGAAGAAAACAAUUCCUCUCGAAUGCAUCCCACCAAAAGAGCGACAUCGCACAAACCGCUACAGUAACAUUAAAAGCCUGGAGCCCUUUGAUGACGAGACGCUUGGUGACUACAUUGUCUACUCGGACCUUCUGGCAUUUAUGUCAAGGGAUCGACAGUCAACCCCUAGUCAUCAAGAAAGUUGAAGUCUGAAGGGUCAAGCAAAAUCCUGUAGAAUAUUAAACACCCCCCGAAAUUUGUGUCUUCCCUAAUCUUCGUUGCACUUUAGUUUUGUUCUCCUAGAAUGCCACCGCAAGUGCUGAUUUGGUAGAAUAUCCA